CAACACAAAUGUCUCCCAGUAUCACCUUUUGGAACUUGUACCAACCAGUUCCCUCUAGAUGACCCAUGCACACAAAUAUAUACACAGUUUCCUGUCUAGAUCAGAGAGGCAAAAGAGAGGGAGAGAAACACACAAAACAACACAAAGUGUGUCUCCUUCUUCAGGUCCUUUCUGUGUACGUGCACAAGUUUGCUUUGUAGAAAACUAACACAUUCAUACUUCAUCGAAGGCGUUCACAGCUGGAAUCAACUGGCUGUUGUGGGUUUUCCAGGCUGGGUAUCUGUGGUGUGGUAGUUUUUGUCAUGAAGAAAACACACCUUACCGUGAUGCCAGCCACAAAUGCGUGGAAGACUUUAGGAGAGACUGCCAUACUUGGUGAGGCUUUAACACCUGCCUCGUCUGCAGGUUUUAUCCUGCAUUCUCUUUCCUUCAUAGCAGAACCCCCAAGUUUGCUUUGUACCAAGAUCUGGUGCCUUAGAACAGGAGCUUUUCUUCCUCUUUGGAGCUGGUUUGAAUUUGAAGGCUUGCAGACCUUAACAUGCUGAAUUCUACUCCUGCCUCCGAUCCGCCUUAUUAUGCAUUUUGCUUUCUUUUACACUCGGAUGGAUUGGUAGCAUUUGUUCGUUGUGACCGGCAAGUUCCGGGACUUGCUGGCGGUCCAAUACUUGAAGGAUUCUGCCCAACACAAUUCUUUCCUAACCUUCAACGCCUCUCUCUAUUCUAUCAAAGGCCUGUAAUACACAUUAAUACCCAUCUGUUUGCCACCACAGACCUGGCGUUUUCCUCCUCAGCCUCUGUUACCACAGUGAGAAGCGUCCCCGUUAUCUCACCUAAAGUGAUUGGUCCCUGGAACCCUAAAGUGACUGGCUCCCGGAAAUUUGUAGCCCAAGAUGACCCAAACACUUCCGAUUACACUGAUCCAUUAUCAGGUGUCCCGAAGGGUGUAAGAUGGGAAGUGCAGUCGGGAGAUUCGAACCAAAUGGUGCACAUGAACGUCCUCAUCACCUGUGUCUUCGCCGCGUUUCUGCUGGGAGCCUUUAUCGCGGGCGUGGCUGUCUACUGUUACCGGGACAUGUUCAUGAGGAAGUCCAGAAAGAUACACAAAGAUGCAGAAUCCGCCCAAUCCUGCACAGACUCGAGCGGCAGCUUUGCGAAGCUGAACGGGCUCUUCGACAGCCCCGUCAAGGAGUAUCAACAGAACAUCGAUUCGCCCAAGCUGUACUCAAAUCUGCUCACAAGCAGAAAAGAGCUCCCGCCAACAGGCGACACGAAGUCAAUGAUAAUGGUGGACCACAGGGGGCAGCCUCCGGAACUGGCGGCUCUUCCCACUCCCGAAUCCACGCCGGUGCUUCAGCAAAAGACUUUGCAGUCGAUGAAAAGCCAGCUGGAUAAAGCGCAAAACAACCUCAGCGCUUCUAGAAAAGAAGCCCCCCUGAAGAGUCCUCAGUUUUUUCCGUCCAGCCCUCCGCCCCAUUCUCCUUUGAGUCACGGGCACAUCCCCAGCGCCAUUGUCCUCCCGAACGCGACCCACGAUUACAAUAUGUCCUUCUCAAAUUCGAACGCUCACAAAGCGGACAAAAAGAUGCAGAACGGGGAGCACCCGCUUACAAAGUCAUCGGGCAAACGAGACCAUCGGAGGUCUGUCGAUUCCAGGAACACCUUAAAUGAUUUCCUGAAACAUUUGAACGAAACGCCGAAUAACCCCAAAGCCAUCAUGGGAGAUCUCCAAGUGACUCACCAGACUUUAAUGCUGGAUCCCAUGGGGAACAUGUCAGAGAUUCCUCCAAAAGUCCCCAACAGAGAAGCGUCUUUGUAUUCUCCCCCGUCCACCCUCCCACGAAACAGCCCAACGAAACGGGUGGACGUCCCCACGACACCCGCAGCUCCCAUGACCUCUUUAGAAAGACAGAGGGGCUAUCACAAAAAUUCAUCGCAGAGGCACUCUAUAUCAGCCCUUCCUAAAAACUUAAACUCGCCCAAUGGUGUGCUGCUAUCCAGGCAGCCUAGUAUUAACCGUGGAGGAUACAUGCCUCCUGCUACAGGAACAAAGAUGGACUACAUGCAAGGGACUCCUGUGAGCGUCCAUUUGCAGCCUUCCUUAUCCAGGCAAAGCAGCUAUACAAGCAAUGGGACACUUCCUCGGACAGGCGUAAAGAGGAUGCCCUCCCUAAAACCUGAUGUGCCACCGAAACCCUCAUUCGUUCCUCAGACCCCUUCAGUCAGAGCAUUGAACAAGUACAGCUACUAAAACUGGCAUACUUUCUCAAAAGAGUUUGGGACAAAGUUGAGGAACAGAUGUUAAGGCAGAGACUUGCUUGUCCCGAAAAACGCGAGCAAGCAGCCAAAGACGCUGUCUUUAACUUGGUGCCAUCUUGUUUUGUCACCUGUCUGGCUUCAAGCAAGACUCGACUUGCUCAGCAGAUUUUUUAAAAAAAAAAUGAAAGGAAGGUGCUGGUCAUUUCGUUUCUUUUGUUUGGAGCAGAGGAGACAUGUAGCACAAUGGGAAAGGGAUCCGUUGCCCUUUCUAAAGAGCUGUUCAAGAACUUGGGGAAGAAAGACAAAGAGAGAGAGAUCGGUGAGCAAAUACUUGAAAAAAAAAUUAACAAUGGGGUUCAUUCGAGACUGCCAUAGUGCGUGGUCUUCCCAUGAAAUGUGAACAUUUUAAUAUGUAUGCAUUCGCCUUGCCUCUUGCACAAAUGUCAGAAAACGAUAACGUCUCAAUAAGUGUGUCGGUUAAUAAGCAACUUGCCGAUCUUCGGUCUCUGGUCCAAGUGUAGCAUCCCCGGUAUUUGUUUAUGACACAGAUAAAACUUCAUGUGUGUGUGUGGGGAGAGUGUGCGUCUGUGUGAACGAGUCAUAAACUUAAGGUCUUGCUGCAUCUUGUAAACUUUCAGCAUUGUUUACACGGAGCGUCACUGGACAGCAGAUGGCUCCUGUGGAGUGCAUGGGGUUGGUGUUGGAUCCCCUGUAGGAAGCUGUGGGCUGUCAAGAUUUCUGUGCAAUGCAAAACUCAGAACCGUUGAAACAGCACAAACGCCAUUGGUCUAAACAGGGCUGCGGUGGAAGUCAAGGUUUUCCAGCUUCAAAUGUAGCGUUUCCAAGGGAUUGACCGCCUGGAGUUGAACGUGAAUGGCAGCUAGCUCUCACGACUUUUCAACCAAAACGGGGGCUCUUCACUCUAGACACAGAGAACCUCCCCCUAGUCACAAACCAAAUUAGGUGAAGACCGCACACAUAUACCUACCCCGAAAGAGAUACAAGUUAGACAGGAAGAGCAAUGAGAAAGGUGGCAUGGCCUUUCCAAGCAAGAGAGACCCCCCCCCCUUUCGAACACUGUAUGGAGGCUGCGUCAUUACCCCAUUGUUUGAGACAGGGACACAUCUACCCGCAUUCCUUCAGCUAAGGUAAAGAGAAGGGCAGGUCCAGACUCUUAGUAGUGUCACGUGCAGAAAAACCAGGAUUGAAGGUGGAUUUAAAAGGGAAUUAUGCCUCCUCUGGUCCUCACUGACAGCUCAUACUCUCAAGAAGGAGUACUGUGAGAACUCGGGAGGCAAAUGUUAUGCAAGCUAUGUGUCUAUGGGGAAAAGAGGACCAAUGGAAGUGCAUGUCACCCCAUCGUAAAGCCCUGUUUCCAACAGAAGGCAAGGUCACCCAAUUGACUUCGGUAGGGCACAUCCCUGAAAAAAAAUUGAAGAGUAGAACAGUCAUUUUAUUUGUGGGCUAUCCAAAGUCAUGCUGGUAAUGACAAUGAUUUGUAAAUACUACAUGUGUGUUUACCUGGAUCUGUGCAUUUUGUGCCUUAUUCAUGCAAAUGAUAAAAAAGAAAGGUCAGACUAAGACGCUGUCAAGUGUUCUAGAGUGCCCCCUGUGUUCCCCCCCCCCCCAGUGCAGGCUAUUAAGUUCUCUCAAUAAUAUCCGAACAACAACAAAGGGGGAGUGUUGGGGAAUUAUCCCCACAGGAAGAAUUAACGAACAACAAAACAGCAGCCCACAAGCCAAGGAGACAGCAACACUAACUCAACCUCGCAAUGUCAAACAUUCCACCCGAAAUCGCUUAAGGAUCAAAUAGUUAUAAUGUGAAAUCACAGGAGAAUUGGUAGGGUAAUGGAACACCUGCUGAAACUGCAUAACCAAUUUUGUUGGUUUCGGCAGUGUCUAUUUGCAGCUGAUCUUCAUCACAGAUGGUGAUUUUUAGCUUGCAAAUGAUGCCCCGCCAAUUGCUUGCCGAAUGUUGCCAGGACCUUAGCUGGUAAAGUGGAAUAUUCGUGAACCUUUCAGCCGAGAAACUUCAACCCAAGAUGUUGAAGUUUUUCUUCUGUAUCAAGUUUUGUCAAAAAGAUGUUUGCCUCUCUCAAGCAGAAGAGACCCUUUCCUGACUAUAUAGAAUUGUUCUCCUUUUCCCAUUCCAUAUGUUGAUGAUUAAGGACCUUUUAACUUCCCGAAAAGCCCAUGCCGAAAAUCCCGAGGGUCGUUCGUUCUUAAAACGUUUCAGUCUUGCAACUAAAACCGUUUAAUCGUUUAAAUUUUAAACCAACAAAAAAAAAGAAUCAAAUGACAAAACUGAAUUGAAUUCACUUUUCAAAUAUUAAUUAAUAAUACAUACUUGUGUGGAACCGAAACAUAAGUGUUACUAUGUGAACCCAAAUAACUUUCUGUAACAAUGUGCUGCCUUGUUAGAUGGUAAUGUGAGUUUCUCUCCGUAUUUAUGUUGAAAUCUCUAACAUUCAACAUAGUCUUUAUUCUGUUAAUUUAUCAUUUGAGUUGGUUUUUUUUAAUGCUUUAUCCAUUUGUGCAAAGGUAAAUGCAGACGGUAUCUUUUUUAAUGGUACGGCAUAAAAAAAAGUAACCCUGAAGAGAAGCUGCUCUAUACAGACCAUAGAGUACUUUAACAUGUAUAGAUAACUUGUAAACUUGUAUUGUGGAUGUGUAAAUAAUACGUCCUUUGGGUUUUUAACACCGCAUGUAAAGUCAAAAUAAACUAUUCAACUGUAA